AUGGACCCUGCUAUACAAGCCUCGGGAGAUGACGGGCCCGAGGAGGACUUCAAGGCAAUUGCCACGCAGCGGGCCAAUAACCAGAAUUCUCCUGACUCUCAAAGUGUCAGAGUGGUCAAUCUUAUCCUAGACCACUUCGCUUUUGUCAGAGGCAUAGGCAAUGUGAAGAGAUGGUUCGACAAGGGUUACAUCGACAGUCAGCUCAAGGAUCGAAAGGAAAGCAGGGUGGUGCUCAACAUUUACAUACCCACCUAUACGCUUCACGAGUUUGACUUUGCGAAGAAAGGCACGUCCAUUGUGGCCUCCAACGCCAGAGAUGCCCUAAAGCUCAUUGAUCAAGUGCUUGAUGAGGAACAGUCAGUGCCAAGUUUCGAGGAGGGCGUGUCUGAAGAUCCAGCGCCUCCAAAGCUCACAUACAACUUGCUCAUUGAGCAACGCAACCAUAGUUUCCCUCAUUGGGAGAAGUGUCUCAAGUUCCAAGUACAACCGCCUAGGGUCAAAGACUUCCCUUACCACAAGACUAAGUUGGCGAAUACGGUGUUGGGACGUCCAAAAGCUGCUGAUGUAGAAGAAGAGAAAAAAGAGGCCGAGGAGCUCGCCACGAUCCCGCCUUGGUUGAAGCAUUUGAUUCGUUCGUGCAUCUACAAAAGGUAUAUCGAUCCAUUCCAUCCUGAAUUCGAACUCAACAACGGAGCGCAAUGGAAAUUGGUGACAGAAGACUCUGUGACCAAAGUGUGGGCCAGCAGUUUUGGCGUUGACUGCUUGAAUGUCAACGAGGCAGAGCUUCUUAUCUUCCAAUCAGAAGAUGUCACUGGAUUCAAGAUCCUGGCUCCAGGAGAAGGGUUUAACGCGGAGGCUGAUCGAUACGACUCCGUGGACCGUGGCAUAUUGCAUCAGUGGGUCGAUACCACUAAAUACGCCUACCUGGAUGUCGGUACAGAUAGACGCCGCAAGGGCAAGAAGGAGAAAUCGGCAGCGAAGAAAGCUCCAGAGAGUAAAGCUCUUGAGCCUGUCAACCCUGAGACUGUGAAGGAGGAGAAAUUCUCUCAGAUAAACUAUGCACCUCGAGUCAAGCCCGCAGGCAAGAAGCUCUACAUUCCGAAGAAGUAG